AUGGCCUGUUUUUCUCUUGACGAAACUUCGCUAGAAAGUCGCCAACUGCGCCUGCUCGUUGCUGCCACGGGCACACGACACUCCUCGUGGGCUCAACCACUCGUGGUGCGGCUUUCUAAGGAUCGCCGCAUAGAGAUGAGAGCUGUGGUUGAUGAUCCUUCUCCGAGGCUGAAUCAGCUGAUCAUUACCAUUCAAAACUCACCUUUAGGCGGUGCACAAAUUGAUUCAGAAGGCUCGCUUUUUAGGCAGUCUGGACUGAACAUCCGUGAUCUAGUCGACUGGGCUGAUCUCUUGGUGUGCGUGCCACUUGAUAUGAACAGCAUUGAUAAAAUGUUAGCCGGGGCAGCAGAUACCUUCCUUGAAGACCUCUUGAGAAACUGGAAUAGGGCUGAGAAAGGGGUUAUUAUGGUCCCUGGAAUGGAUGACAACAUGUGGCUGAGUCCACUGGUCCAACAACAGCUGGAUGCACUCCAGAGAACACGGCCCUGUAUCCAUGUUAUGGAACCCAUAUUAUGGCACUAUGAAGAUGCGGCACAUCCACAGCAGACCACAAACUGGAGUGGAUUUAGACAUCUACUCAGUCUUAUCCAGAAUCAAGCCGAUUUGCUAAAUCUUGGUCGGGAUGUCGAAGGGACUGCCAGAAUGGUUCCUAUACCAAAGGACCACACACAUACACAGGCUCUGCCGGGGCUACCAUUCGAGUUGUGGAGUAGAAUACUGAGAUUUACGGGGGAUUGGGAGCUGGCCAGUGCACUGGGAAUCAAAGUCAAUCUGCCAAUGCCAACAGAAUGGAGCAUACGGGCCGAGAGUUUAAGCAACCCUUUACUCGUUUAUUCGCACGAGCUGAACUGGACGGUCCUCUCAAGCAAUACGGCUGUUAUCUGUGCGAAAUUAUCAGAAGCACCGGCGGAUUUCCACAUUUUGCCAGUGCUGGCUGUGAAACUCAUAAUACGAUUCGCCCUUGUCGAAGUCCUUGCUUACUUAGAAGUCAAUCACCCCCGGUUAUUUAAGGCGUUCGAUGGCGCUUUCCUUCCAACAAAAGCAUCGGCAUAUUACCCCCAGGUCGAAGUUCUAGAUUACUGGAAGAAUAGCCAGCAUUUUCAAAAUCGACAUGUGUAUAGUACAGAGGCCAUAGAUGGUGCGUCUAAGAAUGGUCAUGUGCAGGUUUUGCAGUGGUGGAAGCAGUCGGGGUUGCCGUUGCUGUAUACCAAAGUCUCACUGGAACAAGCGAGCAGCAAUGGUCAUAUCCCAGUCCUUGAUUGGUGGCUCGAUACUGCAGCCCGAGACUGUAGCAUUCCUUUACACUCAGGAAGAUCGCUAUUAUGGGCUGCGAAAAAUGGUCACGCGGAUGUGCUGCGAUGGUGGCAUACUUCCGGAAUAUGUGUUGGAUACGAAGGCGGCGUAGCUUUGGUCGCUAGCAAAUGGGGGCACGUCCAUGCCUUGGAAACAUGGCGUAAGUUGAAGGGUGAUGAGAAUGUCAUCUUUGAUGCGGAAGAAGUAAUUUUUACAGCAACAGCUUAUGGACGAGUAGACGUCCUUGAGUGGUGGCGCCGAUUUUCACAGGGCCAGCUUGACGGUAUGGAUGGACAUGGGGUAGAAGUUGUCUUCCGAACGCAUAAGAUUCAGGAAGCCGUUAAGGGUAAUUCCGAACAUAAACUAGGUGUUCAAGAGUGGUGGUUUCGUUAUAGACUGAGUAUGGGGAAUCGUUCUAGAGAAGGAUGGCCUCCUCAUCUACGUCUCUAA